AUGCCUUCCUCGAAUGCCGACGACCUGUCGGUCGGAGAUGUAUUCGCUCCGCAGGCCGACAGCGAACAGUCCGUCAUCGACAUUCCGGCCAAUCACCGUCGCCCGGAUGCACACAUGGAGAAUAUGUCGCCCCCAAAGCAGCUGGCCAAUGGUUUCAGCGGGUUUGCAAAUCAGACCCUCAAGGCAAAUAUGAUGCCGAAAUCCCAGCGACGGAGGAACAAGAAGAAGAAUGAAGUAGCGCCGGCGUGCGCCACCGUCCACGGCUUUACUCCUUUGCCGUCUGGGGACGAGGAAUCUGAUUUCUCCGCUGCGAGUUCUCGUGCUCCUUCUCGGCCGCCGACUGCGCUCGAUGGAUCUAGUGUAUUAGUGCACGCGUCCACAGGCCACGGCGUUAGUGCGUUGAAGCUUCAACUGAACACUUUGAGUUUGUCCGACAAUGCAGCCGACUGA